AUGCAGUUUCUCUCAUACAAGUCAAUCACUGAUUGCCAACUCAGAAACCUACAACUAGAAAUAGAAGCUUCUAUGAAAAAGUUAGAUAUGGAUGUUGUAGGUUAGUACUUAGACUUGCCACAAGUCGACCAUGGGGGAGGGAGGGCGCGGGGGAGGGAACACGCGACCCGAGCGACGAAGUCGCGAGUGGUCGACUUGUGUCCCUUGCAGGAAUUUAAAUCGCAUUAAAAAUUUUGGCGCGAAUAAUUUUGACAUAAAAGGGGUGUGUACAUUUCAUACAAUUACUUCACCGCGCCGACAAUGGGUUUACAAAAACACAAAAACAUUCCCAAGAAUUGAUAUUUCUUUGUCCUCGAAUGAAACAGUUCGCACCGAGUGUGGAAACGAAAUAACUGACCCAAGUAAGCGCCGAAAGCUGUUCAAUGUAUCAACAAAAACGAGUGCAUGUAAAAACUUACUGAAUCUAGACAGUUGUUUUGUCUAACAAUGUGUGCCGUAAUUGUGCCGACAACAAUAGUAAUUUAUUAGACUUAUUAUAUAAAGUUGAUUCAGUUCGCGAGCGAUUUAAUAUUAGUAGUAGAAGUUAAUCUAAUUGAAAAGAAUCAGACAACUAGCUGUAACCGCGAAGCAGAGAGGCGGCGAUUGUGAUCAACGAGAAGACGUCGCCACAGUUCAAAAUCCGGUAAAAAUACGCGUUGUUUUCUCAACAAAUGAUUUUGUAUUAAUAAUCAGUAAUCGAGAUCAAGAAACCCAAACUAAACCCGAAACUAGUGAGGAAAUUUUAGAAUCAUUACAUGUAUCUUCAGUACGUGACAGUAUUAAUAAAGUUUAUUUCGACACCCUGUACUUCUAAAUAUAGCCUACUCAAUGUAAUGCUUGUUUGUGUAUUUUCACAUGGUUUUUGUGUUCUACAAAAUUGUAAUUACAUUGUUUACUCUAUUUGCUUCAAUAGUACACAUUUGUUCAACAAGAAAGCCUAAGAAUAUAAUAUUGUAAUACAAUAAUAAUAAUGUAAACCGCUUCGGCAAAUCGGCGAUGUAAACAAUGACGUCACCGGUGGAUUUUUCCACCGGUGAUAUUUGGCGCGCUGCAAGUGACAAAAGUUCUUUCCACAGAGGAAGCGAAGCGCGCCAUAGAAGGGUCUGGAAAGGACUUUGGAAAGUCUAGUUAGUACUUAGUAGCAAUAAUACUUUUACAGUUGAUUUCACAUCUUUCCCUGAAUGUUGUGAACUUCAUUCCGAACUUCAUUGUGAAGUUCAAAAGUUCAUACUGAAAUUCACAAGCUGGUUUGUAAACAAAGACUCUAAUUGGCUUAUUUUUGUUAAGGGACCAAUCAGAGGCUUUGUUUACAAACCGACUUGUCAAUUUCAGUGUGAACUUUUGAACUUCACAACGAAGUUCGCAACUAUUUUUCACUCGCUACUCUGGUUUGAAUAAAUGAUUACAAAGCCCAGUCGAAUUGCAAUCAAGACCCAACGUUUCGACACUCCAGUCUAGUGUCUUUAUCAGGGGUGAUCUAAAAUUGCAAUCGUGGAAACAUUUACGCCUAAAGCGCGCACCUAGGGGGUUCAGGGGUAUGAUCCCUGGAAAAUUUUGAAAAUUAGAACCCUAGAAAUGCCAUUUCCUGCAACAUGGGCAUUGAACAAUGAGCUUCAGUUUGACUUAAAAAAAGGAAAAACCUUGGACAUCAUGCCAUAUUCCCAAAUUUGAUUUUUUCCCACCCCCCUUGCACUCUGUUGUCCUUGUUGCACCCCUGUUGACCAAGGCCAACAGGGGUAUGCACCCCUGUUGACCAAGGCCAACAGGGGUAUGCACCCCUGUUGACCAAGGCCAACAGGGGUAUGCACCCCUGUGCACACACACCCCUAUUAAUCUACCCCUGGCAUUUGCUUACAUUUAAAGUACUUCCUUUUUGUUUUUCAAAGGUUUUACCACUGACGGAGAAUUUAAUUCACUAAGAACAUCUGGAACAAAGAGGCCAAUAUCCAUAAUUGAAGUAAUUAAGAAUAUUGCUAAAGGAAUGAAGUGUAAAGAAAUCACAAAAUAUUUCACACUGGACAAGGAAGGUAUUGUAUAAUAGUGCAAUCAUGUCAAUUAAACUAUACAUAUAAUGCAAAUACAAUAAACCUACUUUCCCCAUUGCUUCACCCAAAUUUUUACCACCACUUUUCCAGAUGAAUUAUGUCAAAUGUGAAGAUACAGAUUUCUUUUUAGAAAUAUAAAAAUAAUUUUCGCUUUGGUGUAAGAAAGAAUAUAGGAAAUUAGGAAUAUAGAAAUAAAGAAUAUAGGAAUAUAGGAAAUUAAUAUAUGAAAUAUUGACUAAAGUAAUUACUUCCUCCAACAGGAAACCCAUUGAAAAGCCAUCCUGCUGUUCCUCCCGAAGAUGCAAAAUGGUGUCAUGAUUUUAUGUAUGACAGCGACCCUCCAGUUACAUUCCACCGUGCUUGUCUAAUUCUCAGAAGGAGACUUUUCCCCUUCCACUAUGAUCCAUACCCUUGGGUUAAAGGCAGAGAUGAGACAAAUGUAGAGGUGUUGAAAUCACUGAUGGCUAUAUAUUUACACCGUGCAGAAGUUCAGAAUCUUAGAGGCCUUAAAGAAGAUCCUGCAGAUUUUAAUUCCCAUCUCUACCAACCCGAGCUAGGGGGUCCAUUUACCUGGACUUGAUUUGAGAUAUCUCAAAGACGCGCUACAUGACCCAUGCACAGGACUAACAUAUGAAGCACUUACAGGUAAAAAUAAUAAUUUAAAAAUCAGUUUAACCUGUUACCUUGCCAUACCCCACCACUGGGCUCAUCUGGGCAUAUAACAUAAAAGUGUCACUAAGAUACAAUUGUUAUGUUUAGGAAAAUAUAAACAAUCUGUACCUGAUUGUGAACGUAUAAUUUCACCUGGAGUGUUCAAAUUUUUGGAAAGGUCAUACAUCAGGAGCGACUGUACUGAAGUUGUUACAUAAUUGGCACAAAGCUGUUGAUGGGAGAGGCUUGAGUGAAGAUCAGAGAUCAACAUAUUGUGAAGAACUAAAAUGUUGGUUGCUGGAUGACUGGGUGCCAUGGCACCGAGAAGUUAAAGACUACUCCCAAAUUGAUGUGAACAGGUUAGCUCUUUUGGCUUCCUCUUUUGUUUUUUUAGUAAAAAUCAAAUAUGUUUUUCCAACUGGCCUGUUUUGCAAUACAAUUUGAUUCCAAAAGCGGUUGUAUCAUUCUCAUACUGGUCCUUUGCUUCCUCUACACCUCAUUCUACAUGAUUCUCGUGAUGUUUUUAGUCGGUUAAUCCUAUCAACACAGAGGCUGUAUCAUUUUUCAACUAAUGUGUUGAAAUUGAUCAUUUAAUAUCACAAAUUCUGAAGCCAUUAUACUAUACAUUAAUUAGCUGUUGUAAAUAUUCUUAUUUUUCAUUCAAUUUUAUUGUUAAAAAUAGACCUGUGAAGGGGAUUUGUGGGCUAACCCGUGAGGUGAUUGUUGGUUUGGUGGCAAAUCUUGAGAGUCGUGAGUUACGCAGAAUUGAAUACAUACAAAGAAAUAUCAAACCAGAGCACCCAAGAUCUUCUUCAACCGAUGAUGUGGAGAGUUUCAUUUCUUUACUACAUGAAAUUCUUGGAUUAAAUUUUGAUUUGAAGCAAGUCUUCAGUGAGCUUCCUAAAAUCCUAAAUGAGUUUAGGAAAAGGACAGACAAAGAUUUGCCGUUCUAUUAUUGA